AUGUGUACUUUAAUAUCGUAUUAUUCAAUCAUUGAAUUAUAUCGUCCGAAUAUUCCCAAUACAAAUAUUCGAUCGACUAGAAAGAGUUCCUUUCAGCAAAUAUCAGUUGUUCAUUAUACUAGAAUGCGAAUCUGCAAGCUGAUCGAUCCGGAAGAAUAUACUGAUGCUGAUGGUGUUAUUGUCACUAGUUUUGAUCUUGUUCGGCUGCCAAGUUUACUCGAUCGGAAUAAUUCUUACAGAAAUAAAUACCAAUCACAAUUAUGGUUAUUUCAUUCAGAAGAAUCUCCACGAAAUUCUUACAGAACAGUUCAAAUGAAAAAUAUCUCGGAAUUAGAUGACUGGUUUAAUUUAACAGCAACGCUCAAACCUGAGUCUGAUCUUCACAUACAAUACAAAGGUUAUCGAAUUAAACCUUCAAUAGUAAAUCUUAUUACAAAUAAAUUGAAUUUAACCUUUAAUAUGACCAUUAAUACAACAUAUCUUCCACAAACAGAUCUAUUUGAUAAUAAUAGUUCAACUUAUUUCAAUACUCUCAUUUCGGCUUUGUCUAACGAAUUGAACAUGCGACGAAAUAAUUAUCUCACAGCUUGUCCUUUCACUUGCAAUCAACCAGUACCAGCCGAAUUGGUCAAUUCUCUUCAACCGCAUCUAAAACCGAUUUCCCCUAAAGUAUUAAAUCGUGAUACUGUUUACAUAGUUUGGUUCGUAUCGAAUUGUAAUAGUCACUCUCGUCGAGAAGAGUACGUUUUAAAAUUACGCUCACAACCCGGCAUUCACGUAGAUAUUUACGGGGAUUGUUCGUCAAUGCUCAAUUCCCAUAUCGUUCCAUUACAAUGCAAGAAAGGCACGCCGGAUUGCAUGGAAAAGACUCUUUCGAACUAUCGAUUCUAUCUGGCCUUCGAAAACUCGAAAUGUGAUACGUAUAUUACAGAAAAAUACUGGAUGCAAGGAUUAAAUGGUAAAGCAAUUCCGAUCGUUCUGGGAGCAAGUAAACAACAAUAUCAACGUAUUGCUGUACCGAACUCUUAUAUUCAUGUCGAUGAUUACAAAACAGUUGAAGAGCUGGCCAAAGAACUCCACCGUUUGAAUCGAAACGAUUCUGAAUUUACGAAAUAUUUACAAUGGACACAAUUGUACGAUAUCGGAGUAAAUUAUUCACCGACAGUCAGAUAUGAUAUGUAUUCAACACUUUGUUUUCUGGGUCAUUAUCAACGUUUGCAUUCGAUGAAAGCUAAUGACCAACAGAGAAUGUAUAUACUCGAACUUAUACGAAGUAUCUUUCGCUUAGAAGCUGUUCGUCUUCCGAAUUUUAAUUGGUCUACAGCGAAAAGCAAACUCAUACGUAUCAGUGAAUUUUACAAUCCAAAAAUUGAUUGCUGGGACGCGGAUUAUCCCUCGUUGUUGACAAGGAUCUAUAAUUAUUUGUUUUUGUGGUGGAAGCUUCUGUGA